GAAUACGCUGUGCGAUCAGGAAUGGGCCGGUAUGCUCUCGGGGUGGCUCUUUCAGGAAAGCGAGACCGCCAGAGCGAGUGGUCCCCUCACCUCUGCAACAAGAUGGACUCGCUGCUUGAGCACGCGUCAGUCGAUGAGGUAGCUAGGCAGCUAAACAAACCACCCGGAGAAGUGGCGCGGUACCGGUUGAGGCGAAAGGCUGCUUGUGGUGUGCAGCAAGCAACGGGCUCUACAUCCUCUGGCUGGGUCAUCCCGUCGAUGUCGCCGGAAGCUCUCCAGGAAGCUGCCGUUGCGGCCACGGAGGUGCAAACGCUCAAAGACAAGGCAGCUGAGUGCCAGCGCGCUAUUGAACAAGAAGAGCCAGCGAGCGCGACCACUACGACGAUAGAGCAAACGGAG